AUGAUUUCGAAAUCCACGCGAGCUGCUACUGCAGCAGCUAGAAGGGCGGCUGCACGCAUGCGUGCGGCCGCGGAAAGUGCCUCUUACGCCUCAGCAGCAGGCAAUUCGUCGCCUGUUGUCGUGGAUCCUCCACGUGGUGAGUCACCACGUGCGACGGGUACAUUCAUUGCGUUUGCAGCGAGUACCUCGGGUCGUAAUCAAGACGAGUCUGAGAUAGAUCUUAUCCAUUUCGGCGAGACGGAGGAUGUAUCCAACUCGAAGGCGACUCCUCACGCCUCCGGAUCACCCGGGGCGGACACUGCAAGAGCCAGAUUGACUGGCUCUGGUCAACGCGGAGGUAUUAUGACCUCGAUCUUUGGAUCGAUUAAUUACUCCGAUGAGUCUCCGCCUCACGCAAGUCCUUUUAACGAUAGGACGCGUGGAGAUGGUGGUGAUGCACCUAGGUAUCACCAUGAGCGAAGCAACUCAAGGGAUCGGGGUAACACUGGUUCCAGUGCUCAUGCUGGCACCAAUUAA